CGGGUUUAGGGUCGUCUCGGGCGCCUGUCCUCGACUUGUUCUUCCAGGAUGGACCCCGAGGAGGGAGCGGCGGCAUUGGCGAUGGCUACAGGGCUGCCGGCGGAACGGCUUCAGGAGCCGGUGACCUUCCGGGACGUGGCUGUGGACUUCACCCAGGAGGAGUGGGGGCAGCUGGGCCCUGCCCAGAGGACCCUGUACCGGGACGUGAUGCUGGAGACCUUUGGUCACCUGCUCUCUGUGGGGCCUGAGCUUCCCAAACCCGACGUCAUCUCCCAGCUGGAGCAAGGGGCUGAGCUGUGGGUGGCGGAGAGAGGAACUGCCCGGGGCUGCUGUCCAGGCUGGGAGCCUGGACCUGAAGGCCGAGUGCCACCCAAGGAACAGGGCCUUCCUGAGGAGGAGUCAUCUGGUGUCUUGGAAAGGGAAGGCUUCCUGAGGGAUGUUCCCUGUCCCGCCACACUAGGGGAAGACGGGGAAUGUGAAGGCCAGGUAAAGACACCUGAGGAGAAUUCAAAGCAAUUGGAAUUUAGCCUCGAGGAAGCACCAGUUGAAGAUGGAGGCUACAAAAGUCUCGGACUUGGAGAAAACGGUGUCCUGAGUUCAGACCUAAAUCCAUUCCUGGAGAUAACUAGGAGAGAAGGUUUCUGUACUUACGACUCACAGGUUACAGACUCAGAGUGUAAGUCAGGCUUAGUCAGUCAGCAGACAGGCUCCUCAGGAGGACAGCCGUGUGACAGCAGCGACUGUAGCAGAGCUUCCAGUCAGGCCGUUCCUGUUUUGGAACUUGCGCGUAGCCAGAUACAGGAUAAGCCCUACAAGUGCACGGACUGCGGGAAGUCCUUUAACCAUAACGCACACCUCACAGUGCAUAAGAGGAUCCACACGGGAGAGAGACCUUAUAUGUGCAAAGAGUGCGGGAAAGCCUUCAGCCAGAACUCCUCCCUGGUUCAGCACGAGCGCAUCCACACGGGAGACAAGCCCUAUAAGUGUGCCGAGUGUGGGAAGUCUUUCUGCCAUAGCACACACCUCACUGUCCAUCGGAGAAUUCACACCGGAGAGAAGCCCUACGAGUGUCAGGACUGCGGGAGGGCCUUCAACCAGAACUCCUCCCUGGGCCGGCACAAGCGGACACACACCGGGGAGAAGCCAUAUACCUGCAGCGUGUGUGGGAAAUCCUUCUCGAGGACCACCUGCCUGUUCCUGCACCUGAGGACUCACACUGAGGAGAGGCCCUAUGAGUGUAACCACUGUGGGAAGGGCUUCAGGCACAGCUCCUCCCUGGCCCAGCAUCAGCGGAAGCACGCUGGGGAGAAGCCCUACGAGUGCCGCCAGAGGCUGAUCUUUGAGCAGACCCCAGCUCUAACCAAGCACGAGUGGGCAGAAGCCCUGGGCUGCGAUCCGCCUUUGAAUCCAGGCCAGAGGGCUCCCCGGAGCGACAGGCCCUUCAGGUGUAAUCAGUGUGGGAAGUGUUUCAUUCAGAGCUCCCACCUCAUCCGGCACCAGAUAACUCACACCAGAGAGGAGCCCCGUGGACGGAGCCGGCGUCGUGAGCAGCCCUUUGGCCGGAGCUCGCACCUCAGCCGGCAUCAGCAUCAGCACGUGCACUCAGGCGAGAACCCUGGGGGCGAGACCAAGGCGGGACGGCCUGCAAGUCGUGCGCUCGCCCUAUUUGACAUCCACGAAAUCAUGCAAGAGAAAAACCCAGUGCACGUUAUCGGGGUGGAAGAGCCUUCCGUGGGCACAUCUGUAUUAUUUGACAUCAGAGAAUCCACGUAGGGGAGAAACUCUACAGAAGACUUUUGAACCACAGGUACAAAAAUGUGGUAAGUCCACAUAUUGUAUUCACGGAAAGGGGUACAUGGGUAGACGUGUCAAAUGUGACCGCUGAUGUCCUAGGGACAUGGUGCUUCAUGACACCUGAGAUGGUGGUUCUCAAGUCUGUCAAGCCCAGUGCCCCUUUAACCACAGAUAUUUUGUCUGUUCCGUCUAUUACCAUGAAAUGAAUUCAUAAGUACUGUAGCCUACACACGUGUAAUGUCAAAAAAUCAGUAUACAGCCCUGUUUUGUAAAAGAUAAUUAAAAGGAAAGUAAUUUAUGA